AUCCACUCUCAAUCCAUUCGACUCUCUUCAGAUCUAAUCAAUUCUCAGGUUACCAAAUUCCGAACCCUUGCUCUCUUUCUCUGUGUGGUUUCUUCCUCUACAGUCUGUACUCUCCGAUGGCUCCUAAGGCCGAGAAGAAGCCCGCCGAGAAGAAGCCGGCCGAGGAGAAGAAAACCGUCGCCGAGAAAGCUCCGGCUGAGAAGAAGCCGAAGGCAGGAAAGAAGCUCCCGAAAGAGGGCGGUGCCGCUGCCGGGGACAAGAAGAAGAAGAGAACGAAGAAGAGCAUCGAGACCUACAAGAUCUACAUCUUCAAGGUCCUUAAGCAGGUCCACCCUGAUAUUGGGAUCUCCAGCAAGGCCAUGGGGAUUAUGAACAGCUUCAUCAACGACAUCUUUGAGAAGCUAGCCCAGGAGUCCUCCAGACUCGCGAGGUACAACAAGAAGCCCACCAUCACCUCUCGGGAGAUCCAGACUGCUGUGAGGUUGGUGCUUCCUGGUGAAUUGGCCAAGCACGCCGUAUCUGAGGGGACGAAGGCGGUGACCAAGUUCACGAGCUCUUGAAGAUAUUGUCGAUCGGUUCGCUGAUCUGUUGGUCCUGGUGUGUUGGUUGGUGUGGUAUGGAAAAUCUAGGGUUAGGGUUUUCUGUAUUAGCUGUCUAUUAGGUUGUUUCUUGUUUAUUUCAGUAUUAGAUUUGUCUUUAAUUCCUGUUUCAGUUGUGGAUUUGGAUUGACUUGAUCCAACUUGUGUAGAGAGCUUGGUAUGGAAUAUAUUCAAUAGCCUUCUUUCGCUCUAAAAUUUGCCCUUUUGAAACCCUUUUUUGCACUCACUUCUAUUGGAUUUCUUAGCAUAUAUUAUGGGAAUAUGGAGGUCAUGGGAGAGGUGGACACUGAUUUUCUCUGCACUAAUCUCAGCACAACUGGGAGUAUCAAUUUUCUUGACAUUGGAGCUGUGAUUUUUUUUUUUGAGGUGUCUAUGAGCUGAGAAGCUUGAUUGUAGCAAUUUGAAGAGUUCAUUGGGGAAAAUUCUAACUUGGUUCUGAUGAUUUUUAUUUUUAUUUUUGCCUCGGACUUCUUAGACAUUAUCUUUAUAAUCAGGAGGAAGUAGUAAUGUGCUAUAAAGUUGGGAUGAGUUGGGACAAUGAUACUGAUUGUUCAAGAAUAAACUAAACUUUUGUACAUUUGAAAAAAUCUUAGAGAAACUAUGCAAGUAGGAAUUGCUUAUAAUUUGGGGAUUUUUAUGAGACAGGAAUUUGUCUGGGUUUUGGUUUGAACCAAGUGGUAAGUUUCUACCUAAUUAAGUUUUGUGUAACACAAUUGUGGAGUCUCAGUUGAAUCUUCAUUUGUUUAAGCUAGACACCUAUUAAUUGAUUGGUGAUUUAACGAUGGAUGAGAUUCGAAUUGCUCUUUGUGCUUUUCACCUCUUUGCAUAUAGAGUGUCAACUGCCAGAAGAGUGAGAAAAACAGAAUAUUCUGACUACUACUUAUAUGCUCUGGUUACGCAAUCAAGAUUCAAUUUCUUGUGGCAAGAACUCUCUCUUUGUGGCCUGAUAACCUAAGUUCAUGCCUUCUUGAACUUGAAUGCAUCACGAUUAGAACUGACAUUUGCCAUUACUAUCAUCUCUUUUGUUGAAUUCUUACUCUUUUUUGGGUUCAUCCUCCAUCAGAUUGUUAGAUCAUAGGUCCAAUAUUUUCCUUGAAUUCCUGCAGAAUACCUUCUUGCCUUAAACCUGCUUCAUUGAUCAGAUAGCUUCAACAAUGGGAAGGCCCUUUCUAAUUGAAUAUAAUCAAAUUCCAAGUGAAAAUUUCUUCCUAUGCCGUCUAUGCCGAACCCACAUUGCCUUAACCCAAGAGUUUGUUUUCAAAGUAAAAUCUCUCUCUCUCUCUCCCCCCUUU